AUGGGCAAAGUUUGUCCCGGUGACAAAAGAAGAACAAAUGCAGGGAUGCAAACUAAUCACGCAUUGAGACUAGUAAAGGAAGGUGAUGCUAUUCAAGAAGGUCACAGUGAUGCCAUUGCAUGCUCAAAAUCCAGCAUCCAAGUACGCCAAGGUCCCUCAGGGUCGACACCUAAUGGCAUUCCGAUGUACCUUGUUGAGAUCACAAACACGUGCUCAAGAAGUUGUAGUGGCAUUCACUUCUCCUGUGGUGAAUUCUCCUCAGCAAGACUUGUAAACCCUAAGAUUUUCAGGAGACUCAGAGUUAAUGACUGCCUUGUCAAUGAUGGGGCGCCCCUCAAAUCUGGACUAACACUUAGUUUUCAAUAUGUCACUACAUUUGAAUAUCCUCUUGCUGUUACUUCGGCUACCUGCUAG